AAGAAAUCCCUCAGAAAAAUUCUUCUCCGACAUAUAAACCUCUUUACUCUGCCUGUACGAAACAUUCGCUCGCCAAAAUGGUCAAGGUCGACAAUAAGGCAGUGCUGAUUGUUAUUGACGGCUGGGGAAUUCCCAGCGAGACUUCUCCUAAGGCUGGGGAUGCUAUUGCUGCCGCCGAGACACCGGUGAUGGACGCUUUCCAGAAGAACGCUGAUGGUUACACCGAACUCGAGGCCUCUUCAUUGGCUGUUGGUCUUCCUGAGGGAUUGAUGGGGAACUCAGAAGUCGGACACUUGAACAUUGGUGCUGGACGUGUUGUUUGGCAGGAUGUCGUCCGUAUUGAUCAGACGAUCAAGAAGGGAGAGCUCAACAAGAAUGAUGUUAUCAUGAAGACAUUCAAGGCUGCCAAGGAGGGUACCGGACGUCUUCACUUGUGUGGGUUGAUCUCGGAUGGUGGUGUGCACGCUAAGCAAGAUCAUCUCUAUGCUCUCCUGAAGGUCGCUAAGGAGCUUGAGAUUCCUCACGUCUAUAUCCACUUCUUCGGUGAUGGACGAGAUACUGAUCCAAAAUCCGGAGCUGGCUAUAUGGAGGAUCUCUUGAAGAAGAUCAAGGAGAUUGGCACGGGUGAAAUGGCAACCGUCGUUGGUCGAUACUAUGCGAUGGAUCGUGAUAAGCGUUGGGAAAGAAUCGAGGUCGGUCUCAAUGCUUUGUGUGUUGGUGACGGAGAGGAGAGUAGCGAUCCAGUGGCUACCAUUAAGGAAAGAUAUGGAAAAGGUGAAAACGACGAGUUCUUGAAACCAAUUAUUGUUGGCGGCAAGGAAGCCCGUAUUCACGAUAACGACCAAGUCUUCUUCUUCAACUACCGAUCCGAUCGUGUCCGAGAAAUCACUCAACUCCUUGGUGAUGUUGACCGCUCGCCAUUGGAGGACUUCCCCUACCCAAAGAACAUCACUCUCACCACCAUGACUCAAUACAAGCUCGACUACCCCUUCGAGAUUGCAUUCAAGCCCCAACACAUGGGUAACGUGCUCGCGGAAACUCUCGGCACCCAAGGCGUUAACCAAGUUCACGUCGCCGAAACCGAAAAAUACGCCCAUGUCACCUUCUUCUUCAACGGAGGAGUUGAGAAAGUCUUCCCUCUCGAGACUAGAGAUGAAAGCCAAGAUCUCGUCCCAUCUAACAAAGAGGUCGCAACUUAUGACAAGGCUCCUGAGAUGAGCGCCAUGGGCGUCGCUAAGCAAAUGUGCAAGCGUAUCUCAGAAGGCAAAUUUGAGUUUGUUAUGAACAACUUUGCUCCUCCCGACAUGGUUGGACACACCGGUGUUUAUGAGGCUGCUAUUGUCGGUGUUGCCACCACUGACAAGGCUAUCGGUGAAAUCUAUGAGUGCUGUAAGAAGGAGGGCUAUGUUCUCUUCAUUACAUCUGAUCACGGUAACGCCGAAGAAAUGAAAUUCGAAGACGGCAAACCAAAGACCUCGCACACAACCAACAAAGUCCCAUUCAUCAUGGCCAACGCCCCCAAAGGCUGGUCAUUGAAGAAGACCGACGGAGUCCUUGGUGACGUCGCUCCCACGAUUUUGGAAGCUAUGGGUCUCAAGCAACCCGAGGAAAUGACGGGCCAGAGCCUGCUUGUGAAGAGUAAAAAGCGAGCGCAUGAAGAGUAAAUAUGACUAUGAUGAUGAUGACGGUUGGUAUUGGCAUGGCAUGAGACAUGGAGUGUUGGGAGCGAGGUGUGGGGUGAUGGGUAAAUGAUCCAGG